GGUUGACAGCAUUUUCCACCAGAUGGCCCGGUGAAAUGCGGCUGCCUGUGUAGGCCCUGAACCCAGAACCCGCCAUCGUUGACUUGCCAUGUCUGUCGAGAUCUGGCCUCCCAUCCCGCCCGACGAGCUUAAAGUCCAGGAAGAUGCCACGCAGGACCGCGAGCUCUCCUGGCUUCUCGCCUCGCUGCGCGCCACGCUCGCGCAGCUGAGGCUCGGCCUGCAGGACUGCUGCGCGCUGCUCGCGCCCACCGAGCCCGGCAGCACGCUCGCCCUCACCACCCCGCGCCACGAGACCGUCAAGGGCCACGCCACCCGCGUCGGCACCUGCCUCGUCCGCGGGCUCAUCCACCUGCGCCUGCGCACCCUGCCCCCGCAGACCUUCGCCCUCGACCCCGCCCGCCCCGUCCGCAUCGCCGCUCUCGCCCGCCUCGACGCCCUGCUCGCUCGCGCCGUCGCCCUCUGCCUCGCUAUCGAAGGGGGCGGCGGCCGCGAGCAGGAGCCCUCGGCCCCGCAUCUCGCCUCGCAGCUUUCCCUGCUGGCCGACCUCAUCGCCGAAGCCUCCGCCGCCGUCAAGGGCUCCCCCAGCCCCCGUCCCGACAGCGGCAGCAGCAGCAGCAGUAGCAGUCACAGCACCCGGCUAGGCACCGCCUCGUCCUCGCUCCCCAGCGAACGCCAACACCACCACCGCCAGCUACAAGACCAUCAACAACAUAACCCCCCCCAGAAGACCGACGCGGCUGCGCCCCCUUGGACGACCUCCUCCGUCGCGCCGUGCCACUUCUCCCCGCCGCUCGGGCGCAACCUCUCGCUCUUCGCGACGAUCCACGACGCGUCGCUGGUGCUGUACCUGCGGGCGCUCGAGCCGGCCGAUGCGCCGGUCAACCUGGGGACCAAGCUCGCGCUCGCCAUCGGCACGGCGCGGCGCCUCGACCACGACGAGGCCGACCGCGUCUUCGCCUACCGGUGCGGCGACGACGACGACGACGACGCCGCCGCCUCCUCCUCCUCCUUCUCCUCUCUUCCUUCUUCCCGCGACCCCGAUCCCGACGUCUCCGGCACGAGGCGAGCACCACCCCCGGGCCGCGCGAGCAGGGAGAGCAUCGUCGCCGCCACAUCCGCUACGAGCACCGCCCCCGCCCCCGCGGCCGGCGCCGCAGCCGCGCGCCCCCAGGGCCACGACGUCUACGUGCGCGAGAAGGUCUGCGUCGAGAGCGCCGACCCCAGCCUGCUGUCGCUCUCGGCGAAGCUCGGCGCGCUCGCCGGCACCCUGGCCUUGGCGCGGCGCAACCUCGCCGCCGUCAUGGGCGACGCGGCGAGCGCGCGCGACUGAGCCGCGGCCGACGCACGCCUCAAAGGCGCGGGGGGCAUCGAGCGAGCCUGGCGGACGACCCGUCUGGACCCGGCCUCGACCGGGCCUGGAAGCGGCGUGGGUGGCGUUGUCAUGUGUCCUCGCAUUGCGUAAGAUGCUGGGGGCUGGAGUUGUGGUAUUUUGGGGUAGGCAUAGAUGAGGGGCUGGAAGGCUAAGCACUCUACGUAUUGGAUCUAACUAAAAGUUAUCAGACGCAUGUUACACCAUGGCCUAUUUUAUUCACUCUGCCUUCUUAAGAGGCGGUCGGUUCGGUAUGGGUUUAGAUAAAUACAUCUGACAUAAGUCUCCUCGCU